AUGUUGCUAAAAACAGUUCUACCUAUGUUUGUCAAUCUUCUGAAAGGAGCAAACCAGAGUUCCCAGGAUAGAUGUGAAGAGGGCAUCUUGAAGAGAUCCCCAUUUCAGUUGAUUAUGAACCAAAUCCAAAGGAAGAAAUCCUCUGUGGAAAAGGGAAAACAUCAGUGCUCAUCAGGCACUAGAUUCUUCAGGGGCUUACACGCUGGGAAAUCUGAUGGCGAAAGCAAAAGAGAAAGUGAAGGAGCAGAAAUCAAUAACUCUAGACCAGAUAAUCAGAAUGAGGAGCAAGCUUCCGGUGUAGCAGACAAACCUCCACAUCUCAUUUCCAAAACAAACACAACAUCUGGUAUGUGGAGCGUUAAGCAGUUCAUGCAGAAACUGGGUAAGAAGCCCAACAGCAAGAAUAUGGACCUAAAUAAUUGUGCAUUAGAUGCAACAGAUUUAAUGGAGCUGGUUGCUGUGUUACCUUUUCUACCAGAGCUGGAGGAGCUCAAUCUUUCCUGGAAUGAUUUUGUGGGAGGGGCUCUGAAAUCCCUUGCUCUUCGGCUCCAUCAUGUGAGCAAGUUAAAAAUCCUCCAACUAAACAACUGCAAGUUGACAGCUGAGGAUGUUACUUCUUUAGGAGAGGCACUUGAAACCAUUCCUCAUCUUGAAGAACUGGAUUUAUCCUGGAAUAAUAACAUAGGUGGAAAACUAUCCCUCUUGACCAAAAGUUUCCAGACAGGCUGCAAGAUCAAAAUCCUAAAAUUUACAGAUUGCAGUCUAACAGCAAAAGAUGGAGAAUCUCUAGCUCAGGUUCUAAAUGUCAUCCAUGACCUUGAAGUAUUAGAUAUUUCUAUUAACAGAAACAUUGGCUGCAGUCUGAAAAGUAUUGCUCAGGAAUUGAAAAAUGUGCCAGUUUUGAAAGAAUUAAAUUUGCACAUGUGUGGAUUAAAGCAAGAUGGCCUCCAGUAUUUAGACAGGGCUUUCCAGUACUUACCAGAGCUAAACAAAUUAGACCUAUCGUGCAAUAAAGAAAUUGGUGGAGGGUUUAAGGACUCAGCAGCUCAUUUGGCCAGUUUUAAAGACCUAGAAGUCCUGGAUCUCCACCAGUGCUGUGUAACAGAAGAGGACAUGGUGGUUCUCACACAGGUGAUACCUUUACUCUCGAGUCUUCAGGAGCUGAAUUUAUCAUCCAAUAAAAACAUUGGAGUGUCUUCCAACUACCUUUUUAGCAGGCUCAGAUUUUUACCAAAGUUGAAAUCUGUGAUCGUAAGCAGAUGCUCUUUAGGGGAAGAUUCUUUUGCAUCACUAGCUGAGACUGCCCUUCACCUCCCUGAACUGGAGAUAUUAGACCUUUCUUGGAAUAAAUGCGUUGGUGGGAACCUAAAGCUGCUUUUGGAAGCACUAAAGCUUGCAACGGAGAUUCGAACGUUGAGACUGAGCAGCUGUAACUUGGUGGCUGAGGAUCUGACUCUUUUAGCAUUAGAGGUCCAAGCUGGUCAUCUAGCCAAAUUACAGAAGCUAGACCUGAGUUAUAAUGACAGUGUUUCUGAUGAAGGAUGGGCCACUUUCUUUCAAGGCUUAACUGCACUCAAAGAACUUUCAGAGUUGGACGUCAGUCUUCGGCCGUCAUCUUGUCGUGACUGUGGAAUGUGGUUCAGCAAGUUGUUAACAGAUUUGUCAAAGCUGCCUGCAUUCAGAGAGAUAGGGAUGCAAAGGUGGGCCCUUCCGGAAUCACAGCAGAGACAACUGGAAAGCUUUAAUCAGGACGCCAAAAGGAAUGUUCACUUUGACUAUUGA